AUGGACCAAAGUCCAAGGUAUACCUCUGGAACUACCUGUAUCCCCUCAUUGUUCCCUCCAGGCGUAGACCCAAAUACCGUCGACUUCAGAACUUUCUUUCCUUACAUUCCAAACGAGGUCAAGCAUAGAAAGCGCACCUCUCGUACACAGCUCAAGGUCCUAGAAGAUAUAUUUCGUAAAGAUACAAAACCAAAUGCCGCCCUCCGUAAAAAGUUAGCAGCAGAACUGGAUAUGCUUCCACGUGCAGUACAGAAUAGACGUGCAAAAGACAAGGCGCUUCGUAAAAGAGUUCAGGACUCGACUCAGCAGGAUUCUCCUUCUGCUCUCUCUCCUCAAAAGUCUCAGUCUUCCAGGGACACCUCUCCCAUCGACUCUUCCAAUUCUUCCACCCCCACGGAAAAACCCACGCACCCUGCAGAAGAUGAUCUACCACCCUCACCAGAGCCACACCCAGUGGAGCGAUCACCCAUAGCUGAAAGUCCUCUUACGAAGUUUUCCUUUGCUCUUCCUGCGCCCCCCGCACAAGCUUGGCAUAGUAACCCGGUCGCCCCUGCCGAAAUCCCCCCUCAUGUUCGCCCUGCACCAGCAGACUUGACUUGGCAGGACAACGACCUUCUAAACGCACGUAGAGGGUCCCUGCCAAUCACCAUGUCCAUGCCAAGCACAGAUGCCAACCAGCCGUCUACCCAUUUCCCAGAUAGACGCAAGUCUAUGGACGUUAGUCUCCUUAGGCUUAUGCAUCAUCCGUUCGCACGCGUUGCAAAGGAGAAAAAUGACGCAAUAUUUCUCAGGCCGCCCAUAUCUCCUGCAGGGUCAAGUCAGUCCAUGGCCCGUCCACCGUCCGGCCUCGGUGGGCCAAGCAUACGUGCGACAAGUUACAGCUCUUCUGCUUCCUACAGCCCUUACCCUCGCCCUUCUUUGGCACAUAGAGCGUCAGAGCCCCACGUCUUUACGCCUUCUCGCUCUUCCCUUGUACCGGAGAUUCGUCCACCGUUUCCGUCCUCGCACGUGCCGCGCCGGCUCUCGGACAACCGCUUUACAAUGAGCUCUAGAGCGCUCCCGUCGCCUAUUCCUGGACCUCUUCCAAAGCCUGAUUUCCAGUUUGGCGCUCCGACAUCUGCAUCACCUCCGCAUGUCUCACCGGAUGCCGAAUCCCCUGGGAACAUGCACGCAUGGGCGUUUUCCCCGCAACGAGGCAGAUCAAGACACGGAGGACUCGUACAAUUUGGCUCGAUUGCUAGCGUCUGUGGGAGCGACACCAGUGCGACCAGCGCGAUUUAUUCAGACGUCAGCAGCUGUGUGGGCGUCGAUCAUUUCGAUCCGAGUGGCAGGAGAGGGUCUUGUGCAUCCAACCUCGAGACGCGCAUGUCCGGUCUGAACAUGCGGUCCAGCCAGGGAUCGCUCAACGAGGCUCACUUAAAUGCCGCGUCUUCAUUUGCCUACCAACACAGGGAGCACCUGUUAUCACAGGAACCAGGGUACUCUUCCCCUGCUUCUACCGUUUCGCCCGGUGGAAGUCCGCACCCUGGAUAUGGCAAGGACCCUGGCCCAUCGGGUCUGCGAACGAGCGAGGCUUCGUUUGGAUAUAAUCCUCUCCCACCUGAAACUAGCGCCAACACCUAUCUAGGUCCCACGGAGCCUGCCAUAGCCAGCCGCAAGCCCAGUAUACCCACUAUCCAAGAAGGAAUGCCGCACAAUCAUGUUCAGAACAACAUCGAGCACAACUCCUCAUAUCCAACGCCCGUAGACGCGACAUCCCCAUCUAACGCAUACCAUUUCGCCCCAGAAUCCAACCAAUACUCUCACACAGGAAACUAUCCGCCAUUCCCGCGGGACAGCACAUUUCCUCACACGGAGACCUCAUACGCCCAACCUGGGUUGCAGUACCCAGCAGAGGGCAGUUAUUCGUUGAGCUCUGCUCCGUCUGCUAAUAUUGGAAUCAGCGGUGGUAUGAACUCGUAUGUGUCGCCUCCUGCUGAAUAUGCCUUUGCUGUGCCUCCCGCGAAUAGCGUGGGGCAUGGUGGGGAACGAUUCAGUACAUAUAGCUGA